AUGGGGUUGCUAAGCUCUGGUACACCUCUAACAUGGAUUGAGUCACGGAAAUAUAACGACUACGUGCGGGAAAACGGUUUAAAACAGUUACUAUAUGUCUUCAAAUUUUGUUCACGGCGUACUGGUGAUCCUUUAUACUGGGGUGAUGAGAUUGAAUAUUUGCUGUGCCAGUUAAACGAUGGCACUAAAGAAGCUUGCUUAACUUUAAACCAUGAUAGCGUUAUAGAUGAUUUGAAUGGCAAGUAUAAUAAAGAAUGUGAGGAUUUGAAUUUGAAAUUCCAUCCUGAGUAUGGUCGGUAUAUGGUUGAGUCGACACCUCGUAGACCUUAUUUUGAUCUUAAUGUUGGUGAAACUGAACAAAAUAUGGCGAUGAGACGUAGGUUGUUGUCUAAGCUUUUGGAAAACAGCGGAGUUUUGCCUCUUUCUAUGGCAGUUUUCCCUAGAAUGGGUUGUGAAGGUUUUACUAAUUUACAAAAUCCCUGGUCGCAUAAGAAUUGUAUCAGUAGGUCACUUUAUCUUCCAGAUGAGAUAAUUAAUAGACAUGCUAGAUUUCCGACUUUGACGGCGAAUAUCCGUAUUAGAAGAGGAGAAAAGGUUUGUAUUAAUGUUCCAAUGUACUGUGACACCAAUACGCCUGCUGUUGAUGAUACUGUUUAUCAGCGGACAUGGUUUGAUCGCGAGGACCGGGAGUCUAUCGUUGCUUCUAAGCCGGGAAACAUAUAUAUGGACUCAAUGGGAUUUGGAAUGGGAUGUUCUUGUUUACAGGAAACGUUUUCUGCCCCUAAUGUUGAUGCAGCCCGUUACUUAUAUGAUGGGUUGGUUAACAUAGCUCCGAUUAUGCUUGCUGUGUCUGCUUCUUCGCCGUUUUUUAAAGGUUGGUUGGCAGAAUGGGAUGUUCGGUGGAAUAUCAUAGCCAAUGCUGUAGACGAUCGGACGCCGUUUGAGCGAGGUGAGGAGCCUCUAACAAAUUCCGUUUAUGGCGGGAUCGCAAAAGAGAAGAAAGCUAAAACUCAGCGUAUUCAGAAAUCCAGGUACAGCGUUACAGACCUUUACCUUGGUGGAAAUCGUUUCUUUAAGCGUGAGAUGAACGAUGCUCCAGUCGCCAUCAACGAAGAUGCGUAUGCAAUGAUGGUAGACAAUGACAUUUUCAAGAUGGAUGAAGACUUAGCCCGUCAUUUUGCUCAUUUAUUUGUCAGAGACCCAUUGGUUAUCUAUAAUGAGUCAUUAGAACAAGAUAACCUUACUCAAACAGAUCAUUUUGAAAAUAUCCAAUCAACGAAUUGGCAAACGCUACGGUUCAAGCCUCCUGUUCAAAGUGCCACUCCGGAAAACACCUCUGCAGUUGGGUGGAGAGUGGAAUUUCGUCCUUUGGAGGUUCAACUAACCGAUUUUGAGAAUGCUGCCUUUGCGACAUUUUUGUAUUUGAUCGUGAAGUGUUUAUUGGUGUUUUCUGAUGACAUCAAUCCAUAUGUGCCAAUUUCAAAAGUCUGGGAAAAUAUGGAUACUGCACAUGUACGGGACAGUGUUUUGAAGUGCGACUUCCAUUGGAAAAGAUCCUUCUCAGCUGAUUCCGACUAUACUACGGCUCUCUAUAAUCUAGAUGAUAUCUUCCACAAUCCUCAAAGUGGUAUAUUUCCAACUUUUAUUGACCGCAUUCUGAGACACGAAGGAUAUGUUGCCAGAACUUGGAAAGAACUAAAGCACUCAAAAAACGAGGAUGGCAAUUGUAAACGUUUGUACUACUACUUGAAGCUAGUGUCUGAUAGAGCAAAAGGCAGUUUACCGACUACAGCUAGAUAUAUGCGUGAUGUCGUUUUAAACCACCCUGACUACCAGAAAGACUCUCGGAUUACUAAAAAGAUGAACUAUGAUAUUAUGAGGCUAGCUCAACGCUUGACAAAUUUGGAUGAUACUUACAACGAUGUAACACAAUUUUUGGGAAGCGAACUGGGCACUUAUGUGAUCAAUCAUGCGCUCUGA